UCCUCCUCCUCCUCCGUGUGAGUGUGUCUCGCAGCCUGUUGCUCUCCUCGGGGCGAAGAGGAGGAGGAGGAGGUGUGGAGGCUGCAAAGGGGCUCCCAGCUGCUGUCGGCAGCGCAUGCGCAGUGGCAGCCGCCCUCUCACCCCGCUCAGCUAUGCCAAAUAUGCGCGAAGGGCAGCCGAGGCAGCAGCAGCAGAAGCAAGAGAGCCCCUCCGAGUGAGACUAUGGGCGGCGAGAGGCACUCUUCCCUCACAGCGCCCUUCCCCUCGACGACGACGGCAACGAGGCAGGCGCCCUGAAGGCAGGCGGCAUGGCUGACCCCCUGCGCCGCACGCUUUCCAAGCUGCGGGGCCGGAGGGAAGCCCGCGGAGGGGACGCCAAAGCCCCUCAGAGGCGUCACCAACACCAAGGCAACGGCUUGGGGAAGGAGACGGCUGCGACGGGGCCGAGAAACAGCGCGGAAGGAGGAGAAGCGCCGCGGCUUCCUCCUCUUCCUCCUCCUCCGUCGUCGUCGAGGCUCCCCGAAGAGGAGAAAGAGAAGGAGGAGGAGGAGGACUACUACGACAACUUGCUCCUUCCUUCCUCCGACGGCGUCCAAGGCGGGAAGCCUGCCCUCGAGGAGAGCGCGGGGAGGCUGCGCCUCCAGCUGCAGGAGGCCUACGCGCUGCUGCUCCACGCCAUGCACGGCCUGCCCCAGGGAUGCUCCGCGCCUCCUCUCCGUCCUCCCCCGCUCCGUCCCCCUCCUCCUCUUCGGAAGAGGCGCAGCAAGAGCCUCGACAGCCUCCCCGGCGCCCAAGCCAAGGCGUCCCUGAGGAGGAGCCGCAGCGAAGGAGCAGCCCUGGCGGAGGAGCAGGAGGAGGAAGAGGAGGCACUUUCGGCCCCGAGGAGGCGGGAAAGGGACCCGAAGCGCCAGCCGCCUGUGCCGCUGCCCUGCCAGGAGCCCACGGAGAAGAGCCUCCCGCCGACACCAACACCAACCGCCUCCUUCAAGCCGCCCGCGCUGACGGUGCGGAAGCUGCAGAAGUGGAUGUACAAAGGGCGCCUGCUUUCGCUGGCCAUCAAAGGGCGCGGAGGGGGAGGGGCGUCCGGGGAGACCCCCUCCUCGCCCUGCCCUCCCCCGCCUCCCCCGUCAGACCAAAGGAUCUUCCUGACAGAUUUGAUUGAAAAUGUUUACAUACCUUCUGUGAGCAGAAGGGAACUUAAGACCUUUAAGGCCAACGAAGGCACUGAGUGCCGGACCCGGUUUGCAAGCAUCACUGUGUCCAAGAAGCGGAACUGGCUACACCAAAGUUCUCCAAGGGUAUCUAAUUUGGAAAAAGGAAACACUCAUAAGAAAAUGUCAGGCGAAAGUCACUGUGCAUUGAAAUGUCCAAGUCCCUUGCUUGAGCCGAAGAUAUCUCAGAGUUUCCCCAAGAAACUGCUAGGGCAUGAAAGCCCUAAAAGAACAGCCAAUUUUCUACAUGUUGCUGAGAAUGGGAUGAGCCAUUUGACACUGCAAAACCCUGCUUUGGAUUUCAGCGAAGAUAAUGAUGCAGAUGAUGAAGGAGAAAUAUGGUAUAAUCCUAUCCCUGAAGAUGAUGAGCCUGACUUCCCUUGUUUCCAAAGUGGAAAUGCUGAUCGCUCUGACUCUCAAGCCAUUAAUUACAAGCUGCCCUCUGGGAACUGUCUAAUUAAAGUGGCAAGACAUAAUGAACACCUUCCACAAUUCUUGGACUCCACUGGAAACACUCAGCCAAGGGAAGUUAAUCAAAUAGAUUGUGUGCAUUCCAUGGAACAUUUGCAAGUACACAAGGCAAAGCCCACAUGCAGUAUUCUGACUGGGUUUGUUACAGAUGAUAUCUCUGGAUUAAAAGGUACUUCCGCAGGACACGGAGUUGUGUCUUCAAGCAAACCUGACACAGCAACAGUCGAAUGUUCGCCUCCGAGUCCUAACCCUCUGAAAAAAGGUAGUUCAAUAAACUGGUCUUUCCCUGAUAAAAUAAAAUCCCCAAGAACAGUGAGGAAGCUUUCAAUGAAAAUGAAAAAGUUGCCUGAGCUCAGCAGGAAACUGAGUGUCAAAGGAAAUUCAAGCCAUAAUAGCUCGGACAAUUCUUCGUUGCUCAAACAUAAUUGCCAGGACAUGGGCCAUGCAGCAUUACCAUCGUCUGGGAACAUGUUGGCUGCCGCUGCUAGCAGAAAUGUUAUAAGCCGAUAUCAUCUUGAUAGCAGUGUAUCCUCCCAACACAGCUACAAAAAGAAAAGCAACAGGAGUUCCAAAUCCUCCUCCAAAGGGGGCUACCUCAGCGACGGAGACUCUCCUGAGCUUAUAGCAAAAUCUGGAAAACAUGCUGGUGAAGGCAGAGCUGGGAAAGGAAAAGAAGGAUUCCCAAGCAGCAAUGGCAAUAAGACAGAAAUUGACAUAGAUGCUUUUAGGCACUAUAGUUUUUCUGACCAACCCAAAUGUUCCCAGUAUAUAUCUGGACUCAUGAGCAUUCACUUCUAUGGUGCGGAGGAUUUGAAACCACCUCGGAUGGACUCCAAAGAUGUCUUUUGUGCAAUCCAAGUAGAUUCAGUUAAUAAAGCGAGGACUGCCUUGCUGACAUGCCGGACAACGUUUCUGGACAUGGACCACACUUUCAACAUAGAAAUAGAAAAUGCUCAGCAUUUGAAAUUGGUGGUCUUCAGUUGGGAGCCCAUGCCAAGGAAAAACCGAGUUUGUUGCCAUGGUACAGUGGUUCUUCCUGCUCUUUUUCGAGUGACAAGGACUCAUCAGCUGGCAGUCAAGCUGGAGCCUAGGGGGCUAAUUUAUGUCAAGCUGACCCUUCUAGAGCAGUGGGAAAACUCUCUCAAUGGACUAGAUGGAGAGCAAGAGCCAGUAAUGUUUGGGAUUGAAGCUCGGAAAGUGGUUGAGAAGGAAAACGUAGGCUUGAGGGUACCCCUCCUGAUGAAGAAAUGUAUUAUGGAGAUUGAAAAAAGAGGCUGUCAGGUUGUAGGCCUGUACCGUUUAUGUGGCUCAGCAGCAGUCAAGAAAGAACUCCGAGAAGCAUUUGAAAAAGAUAGCAAAGCUGUUACUCUCUGUGAAACUCAAUACCCAGAUAUAAAUGUGAUAACAGGUGUCCUCAAGGAUUAUUUAAGAGAGUUGCCUUCUCCCUUGAUAACCAAACAACUUUAUGAAGCUGUUUUGGAUGCCAUGGGGAAAAAGCCCUUGAAAAUGAUAGCCAAUGGAUGUGAGAAUGACCCUAGUGAUUCUGAUCAUACAGUGGCUCUCUUAGAUUGCCUCCCGGAGGUUGAGAAGGCCACUCUAAAGAUGCUGUUGGACCAUCUGAAAUUGGUGGCUUCGUACCACGAAGUAAACAGAAUGACCUGUCAGAACUUAGCAGUAUGUUUUGGGCCUGUGUUACUGAGCCAACGCCAGGAAACAACCAAUCAUAACAACAGAGUUUUCACUGAUUCAGAAGAACUUGCGAGUGCCUUGGAUUUCAAAAAACACAUAGAAGUCCUACAUUACCUACUCCAGUUAUGGCCAGUGCAACACUCAGGUGCCAAAGAAUCUGCACCGGCUGAGCAGCAGUCCUCAGUGAAUUACCUGAGACCCAAGAAACAACGACCCCAGAUGUUGAAUUUAAGCAGUUCUGAGAUGUCUGGGAUCCUGAGGUCCAGGACGGCCAGGCUAGAUAGCCCUUCAAGUAACCGCUAUGCUGGAGACUGGAGUGGAUGUGGGGAGAGCUACUUUGCAAGCCCCAAGGGAGCCCUGAGCGAAGCAGACUAUGAUGAUGUCCCUUCAGAGGAUGCAGAAAGUGGGGACGAUGGCAACAAAGUGGAUGUUCCUGAGAAGCUGAUUGAACGUCCCAAUUGCACGCCCAAAGAGCAGACGUUCCAGGCUUAUUUGACCAUGCAGACGAUGGACUCAGCUGUGAACCACCGAGUAAACCUCAAAGACUUGCAGGAGAGCAUUGAUACCCUCAUAGGAAACCUGGAACGGGAACUCAAUAAAAACAAGCUCAAUAUCCGUUAUUAAUAGCCUUCUGCAUCAGCUCCUUCUUGGUAGGUUCUUUCCUUGCUCCUUUCCCCUCAAAAGGGGAUUAAGCCGUGCAACCUUGGGUCAGGUGCAAGUAUAAUAAUGUCAUUGUGCAGUGACUUGGAUCUGCCGUUAAGAGUUAAUGCAUUCACAUUAGACAUCUGUUGCUCUGUCUUUCCCUCUUCCCUCCUUCUCUUUUGAAGAAGGCAUCAACUUGACCCUCUAGGUUUAAAACGGUGUGCUAUUACUUGCCAAACAAUUCUAGAAUUUCUCCUUCUCCUUCACAGUACUAUGCACUUAAGAAAUUUCGACAGUUUAUACAAGAUAUGCAAGGCAUCAUCUCUGUCUACAUUACAUAGGAACAGUGCUCCUUGUUCCUGAAACUUUAGCCCUGAUACGGAUGUUGUUCCGGAAGGGAGGAUUAAUGUUGCUGCUUCUGUGAUAAUUUGCAGCGCAAACUCUAGGUAGAUCGUAUUCUACCAUAUUUUGACACCUUUUUUCACUUGCAAUGCAAACGCUGCUAUGAAAAGAAAAUGCUUUUUAUAUCUAUCUAUCUAUAUAUAUAUAUAUAUACGAAAAAAUUUAAUUGUACAAAUAUUAAUGUAUUCCUGUAUUAACACUUUCCAGCAAUUAUUUAAAACUGCAAAAAUUAAAUAUUUUUCUAACUUUUGUUUUGUACAUAUUUAUAUAUUAAAAACAUUGGGCUUUGUCCAGUUUGCUUUCAGUAUGGCACUUGUAUAUGGAGGAAUAAACAUUGGGCAUAACAAAAUAUAAGGAAUAGUGUUUCCUGCCACAGAGCACAUGCAUGGAAGCAAGCAAGUAGGAGGUCCCACAACCCGUCCUCUGUGUCCCAUCUCAGUUGAGAAAUUAAAGAGUCUUAAAUAAGAGUGGGCAACGGCUUCGGUUACGCCCUACACAGGACUCUCUGUACAAGGAUACUAUUCUUGCAACCCUGGACAGAUCAUGUGCUUUGUAUAUAGGUAUUUGUGAAAAGGGCAUAUUGGAUCUGAAUAAUAACACAAGUUCUAAAAGAAGUGUGUCUGAUGGACUGGCAAAUGAGGAGAUGCACGAGAGGGAAGUUGAUGGGUACCUUUCAGGAAUGAAUUUACAUUUCUUUAAGGCAGUGAUGGGAAUCUGCAUUUUUCCAGAUGUUGUAUUGCAAAUCCCCAUCAUCCAUAAACAGUAUUGUCAAAAGCGAGGAAUUCUGGGAAUUGCUGCCCUGCAACAUCUGAAGGACCUCAUAAUGCCUACUCCUGUUGUAAGGUGUCCAGCAUCUCAACUGGUUCAAUUAAUUCAGUAUGCUUUUCAAAACCAUUUUAUUAUUGGCUCAUUUUACCAUUAUAGGAGUUCCUAAAGACACUGGAGAAAAUAAGAUUGCCUGUUCUGCAAAGUCCAUAGUUUUAUACUACAGUGGCUCACAAAGGUGCACUAAAAUGCAUGAUACAGUAGAGUCUCACUUAUCCAAGCCUCGCUUAUCCAAGCCUCUGGAUAAUCCAAGCUAUUUUUGCAGUCAAUGUUUUCAAUAUAUCGUGAUAUUUUGGUGCUAAAUUCGUAAAUACAGUAAUUACAACAUAACAUUACUGCGUAUUGAACUACUUUUUCUGUCAAAUUUGUUGUAUAACAUGAAGUUUUGGUGCUUAAUUUGUAAAACCAUAACCUAAUUUGAUGUUCAAUAGGCUUUUCCUUAAUCCCUCCUUAUUAUCCAAGUUAUUCGCUUAUCCAAGCUCCUGCCGGCCCGUUUAGCUUGGAUAAGUGAGACUCUACUGUACCAAGAAACAAACAUGCUAGUAAUGUUUCCAAAUUUUAGAUGCAGUUUGACAGUAAACUAAGCAGCUAAGCAGCUAUUUUCAAGCAGCUAUCAGUAGCCCUGGCUUUAUUUGAGACAAUUAGAUAUACAUUUUUUAAAAAGUGGAAUUUAAGACGCAGUAGAUUUGAAAUCUUGGCUUAUUUUCUGUUAGAGCUUAAACAGUGAACUGAAUAAUAUAGAUGUAUAUGCUGGUUCAUGUGCAGCCUGACCCUAAAAUCUUUCCACAUACAGUGUUUUGCCUUAUCUUGUGCUGACUAGUCUGAGCAGUACAGUUUAACAUUUCCGUCUCAUUGAGAACAUCCCACUGUUGACUGAACUGCAUGUGAUCAUGAAGAAAGACAUAGCUUUGUCAUUGGUCAAGUCAGCCAAAUCUCCCUGUCUUAAAAAAGAAGGAAAAGUAGAUAAUUCCACAGCUCUAGGGAGCCUUCCCACGUGUUGCAUUUGCGAGCCAUCACUUUUAGCUAUGUUUCCAAGCAUAGUUAUUGAGAAGUCAUGUCUUGCUAAAUUCAAUAUUGCUUACGCCUUAAUAGGAAAGUGGGUCCAGGCUGGCACUCUUAAUGGACAAUUUAGGACAAUGUUUUUAUAUGUUCAGACUUGCUGCUGGUUAAAGUUGGAAAUGUUACUUUUUAGGACUACAGAAUUUCUCAGCCAGCACAGUCAAUGGCCAUAUUGACCAUGGGAUUCUUGGAGUUGUCAGCCCUUACGGAUUUGCAAAUAAAUUAAGUAUUUUAUAGUCUGAGGGAGUAGCCAUGUACACAGAAGACAGACGGUGAGAACACAUCUUCAGGUGAUCAUUUGCCCUACCUUCACAAGCAGAUAGGAUAGGUCUUAGAUUUAUCACUUGCUUGUGCAGUGCCUAACUACACAGUUAUAUGCAUCUCAGAAAAGUGUGUUGAUUUUUGUGAUUAGAUGGAUAUGUGCAUGUGUGUGUUUAGUUGAAAUGCACAUUGUGUGCUUGUUUGUGACUACAAGUUGAACAUCCCUUAUUUGAAAUGCUUGAGAGCAGAAGUGUUCUGUAUUUUGGACCUUUUCAGAUUUUGGAAUAUUUGUAUACACAACAUGAGAUAUCUUGGCAAUGGUACUCAUGAAAUUAAGCAAUAUUUCGUAUGCACCUCAUUUAUAUGGUUUGGGGGGUCAUUUUAUAAUUUUGCAUAUGAAACAAAGUUUGUAUAUAUUGAAUCAUCAGAAAGUAAAGGCAUAAUUGUCUCAGCAACACAUGUGGACAAUUUUGGAUUUUGGAGUAUUUCGGAUUUCAGAAUUCUGGAUGAUGGAUGCUCAACUUGUAUAUACAUUAAUGCAAGCCUCAUGUUACCAUUCUGUUGUGUGCAAAUUAUAGGUGCCAAAUUCACAUUGUUCAGCUCUUCAUUUGCCCAACCAUGUUUGAACGGAGAUCAAGUAGUAUCCAGCAGCAAUAUAGUUGCUCUGUCUGUUGCCUCUGCUAGCAUAGUUCUUGUUAUAUCAUAGACAGAUAUAUGAGCUAAGAGAGUUUCUAGGGGGAAUGGGUUGCUUUGUUGGUCUAGUGGGAAGUGUGCCUUUUAAAGCAUUAAUACAUCUAAAAGCCUAAAACAUUUUGAAGCUUGUAGUUCUUGUUUUAAUUUCAGAAAUAAUAAAUAUAUUAAAUAUAAAUAUGAUUGAUUUGCAGUUUUAACUUGUCAAAAGUGAGUAUUGGCACCUUGUUAGCCUUGCCCUUGGAAGAGUCAGUGUGAUAAAUCCUUAUUAAACUUGCUCAAAAAUGUUUAAUAUUUUAUUAGUUAACCAAAGCAAACUCAAAUCUUAUGCAAGUCUAAAUGAAAACUAAACCUUUGUCUUCUGUUCAGCAAUAAGAUCCAAGCAAUAAAAAUUAUACAACCAGUUGCCUCAUAAAAGAAACAUGGUUUUUGUAAAGCAGGCGAGUAAGUGCUUUAAACAGCAAUCUUUUGUAAACACCAGUUAUCCAGGGACCUAGUGAUCUUUUAUAGAACAUUUUGAAAUUUAUCCUCUACACUGUAGAAUUUAAUUUUCUUUUUUAAUAUGACACUAUCAACCCCUUUCAUUUCCUGUGGCCCUGGUUAAAGUGCUAUUUAACUUGUUCCUAUAUAUUGUCUGAUUAUUGUUAUUUUUAGUUAUUUAUUUACCAUAGGAUGACUGAAUUUGGUGCACAAUUUUUGCCUCAUGUACCCCUAAAUAAAUAUGUCAUCAUUUUGUCCAGUCUUCUUUUAUUAAUUUAUUAUUAGUGUGGCAAUACACAAAUGCAUUCAUUCAAUAACUAUGGUACUGUUUUAAAACAUAAUUUUUAACCUGAAACAUUUAUUGAUAAGCUGAUGUAUUUUUUUUAAAGUAUGUGUACAGGAAGUGGAUUAUUUUUGAACUGUAAAUGUUAAUUCUGAAUAAAACAUAAAAUAAAAAUAAAAAUGGAUUGUAUUUUGCAAAA